AGGUAAGGACAAAGAAGGAAAAAAAAAUGGGGUCUCAAAAAAACGGUUUUUCUCGAAGACUCCAUUCACUAGCAUACACACGCAUGCUGCCGAGCGGUUGUUCGUGCGUCCGUACGUGCGUUCAGGGACCCUCAAAUGGACUAUAUAAGAGGCAGAACGCCCGGAGACAGACACAGUUCCCUCACUGCAUCGUCAGAAACAACAGCAACAUGAAGUUCUUGAUCGUGCUCGCCCUGGCUGCCCUGAGCGCCGCUCGACCCCAGUUCGUGUUCCUGGUGCCCAACACAGGUGCCGGCGGCGCUCCUGCCGUCAACCAGGAUCAGCUCCUGCAGAUCCAGAGGAGCCUCGGGCCGCUCCUGCAGCAGAUCCAGGCAGGAAACUUCCAGGCCCAAGCCGCUGCUGCCCCUGCUGCUGAGGUUCCCGCUGAGCCUGUUGCAGCUGCCCCCGCCGCCGCAGAGGCUGCUGUUGCUGUUGACGCUGCUCUCGCUGCCGAGGCUCCCGCUGCCGAGGCCGCCGCCGCCGCCGCCGACCCGUCCGUGAACGCCGUCGACGGCCAGUUCGCCUCCUUCAUCUUCCCCGAGGACGAGCCCGCCGUCGUGGCCGCCAAGAAGGCCCACUUCGCCGCCGUCAUGAGCGCGCUCGGCCAGGGCAACGCCGCCCCCGCAGCCGAGGGAGAGGCCGCUGCUGCCGACGCCGAGGCCGCCGAAGCUGCUGAGGUUGAGGCCGCCGAAGCUGCUGAAGCCGAAGCCGGAGCCGCCGAGGCUGAGGCUGCCGAAGCUGAGGCUGCCGAGGCCGCUGAAGCCGAGGCUGGCGCCGAAGCCGAGGCUGGCGCCGAAGCCGAAGCCGCCGAAGCCGAAGGCGCCGAAGCCGAAGCCGGAGCUGCGUGAGAAGGAACUGUGAUAGGUAGUGUGUAGAUAAUGUAGAUAGUCUAUCUAUUGUACCAAACGAACCAGCCUUUGUAACCUUAAACGAAAUACAACAAAGUCUUCCCCCAAAA